AUGUCGGAGCGUCAACAUCAUGAGACCAGUGCCGUGCUCAGGGUUUCCAGCCUCCCAUUGGUCAGCUCGGCGCUGCAGUCGGUGACAUCAGCGUACUCAGAGGUCAAAGGUCGUUACCCUCUGCUGCGUCUGAUGGGAGGAGUCGCUGAGGUCGGCGUCCGCAGCGUCUCCCACGUCGCCAUGACGAGAGCUACGCCCCUCCUCCAAAGUCUGGAGCCGCAGAUUGAGGUUGCCAACAGUUUUGCUCUCGUUGGUCUCGACCGUCUGGAGAAAAACUUCCCGAUCCUGAACCAAUCAACGGACGAGGUGCUGGGUCACCUGAAGGACGCCUUCUUCCUGACGCUGGACGACGUGCAGCUGUGGGUGGUGGACGGUGUGGACGUGGCGAUGGAUCAGCUGGAGCGUCUGUCCGACGCCGCGCUGACCGCCGUCCGGCUGCUGCAGGACACUCAGGUGGGCCGGGCCGCCGCGUGGGGGCUGGACGACGUGCUGAGCCGUCUGGAGGAUGCCAGCACCCACUACCUGCCCCUCCCUCCCACGCUGCGUCGUGAGUGGGAGAUGAGGGUCCAUGAGUACGAGGAUGAGGAUGAGGAUGAACCCGGUUUAUGGACGAGGAUCCGAAGCCUCCUGCUGAGUCUCAGCCUGCAGCUCUACCACCGACUGAUGAAGGUCAGGGAGCAGCUGGAGGGAGCCGUGAGGACGCUGGGGGACGCCAUGGACAAGGUUGGUCUGGGUCGGGUCCUGGAGCUGGUCGGCGAGCUGCUGCAGUAUCUUCAGGGUCUCAUGAUGGCGUUGGUGCUCCGAGCAGAGCGUCUCCGAGAGCUGGCGCUGAACGGGGUCAGAGGUCAGGCCCUCAUGUUGGCCGAGCUGCGUCCCGUACGUCAGAUAAGAGAGCUGCCGGUUCUGAUCCAGCAGCUGCUGGGAGACCUGCAGGAACUCACCAAGAUCCUCCUGCAGCUGGUGAUCAACGCCACGCCGCUCUACAACAUACUCCAGCAGCCGUCGGCUCAGGAGGUGGAGGACUUCCUGAACCAGGAGGACACAACCGGCGACAGUUCGUCCCGCCGCAGCUCCAGCAGCAGCCUCUUCCUGAAGGCGAUGGACGGACGUCCCCGCCGCCGCCGUAGUCUCUACUCCCGCGCCAGCCGAGGCCCCCAGAGCCCCGACCCCCCCAACGGUCGCCGCCGCUCCAGCCUGAAGGACCUCCCGGCCCUGGAGGUGGAGGACCCGCCCUCGAUCCCUUCCGACAGCGUCGUCCGGCGCCGGCCGUCCUCCACCGAGCUGCUCCUCGCUCCGCUCAAACAGUUCGUCGCUCAGAGCCAGAAGGCCUUCGAGUACCUGAGCCCCAACUCCGUCGACAACGCCACGGAGGCAGACGACUCCUAA